AUUAAUACCCUCCCUAUUUCCCCUCUUUCAAGUUUUCUUUUUCACUUUCCAAUCUCCCCUGUCUUUCACCUCAACUCUCUUUUAGGGUUCGUUCGCAAAUUUUCUUCUCGCCAUGGAACCAGAGCAGAAAAAUCCUAAUGGCAAGGAAUCUAUGCCCGCUAAAGAUCUCAAAAAGAAGGAUGAGAAGAAGGAGGAAGAUCUUUCUGAGGAGGACUUAGCCUUGAAACAGCAAUUGGAAUUAUAUGUUGAGCGAGUUCAGGAUUCCGAUCCUGGCUUACAGAAGGUUGCUCUUGAGAGUAUGAGGCAGGAGAUUCGAUCAGCGACUAGCUCUAUGACCUCUGUUCCAAAGCCUUUGAAGUUUCUCCGGCCUCAUUACGGGACACUUAAAACGUAUUAUGAGACAAUGCAGGACUCAGAUCUGAAGAAACUUCUAGCAGAUAUACUUUCUGUAUUGGCACUGACCAUGUCAGCCGAGGGUGAACGGGAGAGCUUAAAGUACAGAUUACUAGGAUCUGAAGGCGAUAUUGGUUCUUGGGGUCAUGAAUAUGUGAGGAAUUUGGCAGGAGAGAUUGCACAAGAAUAUGCAAAGCGUCAGAAUGAAGAAGCCUCAAUCGAGGAUCUGAUGGAUCUUGUACAACAAAUUGUCGCAUUUCACAUGAAGCAUAAUGCUGAGCCUGAAGCAGUAGAUCUUCUUAUGGAGGUUGAAGAUCUUGAUUUGUUGCAAGAGCACGUGGAUGAAAAAAAUUACAAAAGGACAUGUCUAUAUUUGACUGCUUCUGCAAAAUAUCUUGCUAGCCCUGAUGAUAUGCUUGUUCUGGACAUUGCUCAUUCUAUUUAUAUGAAGUGCGAAGAGUAUACCUCUGCACUUCAGGUUGCGUUAUUUCUUGACAAUUUGCAGUAUGUUAAGCAGAUAUUCACAUCUUGUAAGGACCUCCAACGGAAGAAGCAGUUCUGUUACAUUCUCGCACGUCAUGGUGUGUCAUUUGAGCUUGAUGACGAGAUGGUCUUGGAUGAUGAUGAUAGGGAACAAUUGCAAGAAAUCAUCAAUAAUUCCAAGUUAAGUGAAGGUUAUUUGACCCUUGCUCGUGAUAUAGAGGUCAUGGAAGCUAAAUCACCUGAAGAUAUUUAUAAGGCUCAUUUACUUGAUGGCCGGGCUAGUGCUGGCGCAACUGUUGAUUCUGCGAGACAAAACCUGGCGGCUUCUUUUGUAAAUGCUUUUGUAAAUGCUGGUUUUGGACAGGAUAAACUGAUGACUGGUUCUAAUGAUGCCUCCAGUGGUGGUACUACAGGAAAUUGGCUUUUUAAAAACAAGGAACAUGGGAAAACUAGUGCUGCUGCUAGUCUGGGUAUGAUUUUGCUGUGGGAUGUUGACUCGGGACUUGCCCAACUAGACAAGUACUUCCACAGUGCUGACAAUCAUGUCAUUGCGGGUGCACUACUUGGUGUUGGAGUUGUGAACUGUGGCAUAAAAAAUGAUUGUGAUCCAGCUCUGGCACUUCUGGCUGACUAUGUUGAUAAGGAAGAUCCAGCUAUUCGAAUUGGUGCUAUUAUGGGCCUGGGCAUUACUUAUGCAAACACGCAGAAUGAACAGAUACGCCACAAGCUGACUCCAAUAUUUGGAGACCCGAAGGCAUCUCUUGAUGUGAUUGCAUUCACUGCACUAUCACUUGGUUUGGUAUUUGUUGGUUCCUGUAAUGAGGAUGUUGCACAGACAAUUAUAUUUGCACUAAUGGAUCGAAGUGAGUCUGAUUUAGGGGAGCCACUGGCCAGGCUUCUAUGCCUGGGCCUUGGCCUUUUGUAUCUGGGAAAGCAGGAAAGUGUAGAAGCAACAGCAGAAGUCUCCAAAACUUUUAAUGAAAAGAUCAGGACACAUUGUGAUAUGACUCUGCUUUCUUGUGCCUAUGCUGGAACUGGAAAUGUCCUCAAGGUCCAGAGCCUGUUAGGCCACUGUGCGCAACAUCUUGACAAGAGUGAAACCCACCAAGGACCAGCUGUGCUGGGGAUUGCCAUGGUAGCGAUGGCAGAAGAAUUGGGUGUUGAGAUGGCAAUUCGUUCACUAGAGCAUUUGUUACAGUAUGGAGAGCAGAAUAUCCGCCGUGCAGUUCCUCUGGCCCUAGGGCUCUUGUGCAUAUCAAAUCCGAAAGUGAAUGUUAUGGAUACCUUGAGUAGACUAAGCCAUGAUUCUGACUCAGAAGUAGCAAUGGCUGCUAUUAUUUCUUUGGGUUUGAUAGGUGCGGGCACCAAUAAUGCUCGAAUUGCUGGCAUGUUGAGAAAUUUGUCCAGUUACUACUACAAGGAUGCUAGUGCUCUGUUUUGUGUUCGGAUUGCGCAAGGUCUAGUUCAUAUGGGGAAGGGUCUAUUAACACUCAAUCCAUACCACUCUGAUCGUUUCUUGUUAUCCCCGAUGGCACUUGCUGGUCUUGUUACAACGCUUCAUGCAUGUCUUGACAUGAAGUCCCUCAUCUUGGGAAAGUACCACUACAUUCUGUACUUUCUUGUCCUCGCAAUGCAGCCAAGAAUGCUAUUGACCGUGGACGAGAACUUGAAGCCUCUUUCAGUUCCUGUUCGAGUUGGUCAAGCAGUUGAUGUUGUCGGCCAAGCGGGUCGACCCAAGACCAUAACAGGCUUCCAAACUCAUUCUACCCCUGUACUUCUAUCUGCUGGUGACAGGGCUGAACUUGCUACUGAAAAGUAUAUUCCUUUGUCACCUAUUCUUGAAGGCUUUGUCAUUUUGAAAGAAAAUCCAGAAUACAGAGAAGAGCAUUAAUUUGCUAGUUGGAUUAGAGGUCUUAUUUUAUUUUAGUUUAGUUUAAUUUUAGAAGCCGGAAGUUUAUUUGUUUUAUUUGAGGAAUAUUUAAUGUUGUAUCAUUGUAAACUUUUGGGCUUUUUUAGUUGAAAAAUGUGGGUAAUUAUUUCUUUUCCCUCAAUUAUGAAAUGAAUUUUUUUGUGUCCAAUAAGAAUUGUUCGUUAUUCUUAUUGCA